AACCACAGCGAGACUGUUUAACAAAACGAGUGUUGUUUUCAUGCGAGAAAUGUGAUCAUGACUGAACAAACUGGACUUGGACUCACGAUUCGUGGAAGGAGUCUGAAUAUAAUUCAUCGAUUACACUGUGAAAAUUUAGUAACGCAGAUAAACAAUAGAGAUGGCAUAAUUCCAUCACAGAGUGAGGAUGUGGAAGACGCAGUAAAACCUAAAGUGAAAAUUGAGAUGGAUUUAAAUGAUACAGAACAUGUUCUUGCUGGAACAUAUGAAAGUCUUGAUUAUGAUGUCUGUGAAAAUGUGAUACAUAGAAGAGAUGAAUCUGGUCGAGGAACAAAAUGGGUGAUCAAAAGAGAAGUUGCGAGAUGGGCUGUAAUGGGAAUGAUAGGUAUUGUCACAGGUCUUAUUGCUUCCCUCAUUGAUGUGUGUGUCGAAUACGCAUCUGAUCUCAAAUUUACAUAUGUCAAGCAGUAUGUAGAUGAUUGCGCUGAAAAGCAUUGUCUAGUAAAUCCAUUUGUAGCAUGGGUUGGUUUUAACGCAUUAAUUGUGAUGGUUGGAGCUAUCCUCACUGCUGUGUUUGCACCUGUUGCUGCUGGAAGUGGUAUCCCACAGAUUAAAUGUUUCCUCAAUGGUGUUAAGGUGCCACAUGUUGUACGUGUGAAGACAUUGGUUGUGAAAGUUAUAGGAGUUGUGUCAGCUGUAGCUGGGGGUCUUGCUGUGGGCAAGGAGGGACCAAUGAUCCACUCAGGGGCUGUGGUGGCAGCUGGUAUCUCCCAGGGUAGAUCAUCAUCAUUUAAAUUUGAUCUUAAGUUAUUUGAGUAUUUCCGCACAGAUACAGAGAAGCGUGAUUUUGUAUCCGGUGGGGCAGCAGCAGGUGUUUCUGCAGCUUUCGGGGCACCAGUAGGGGGAGUACUUUUCAGUCUGGAGGAAGGAGCAAGUUUUUGGAACCAAUCUUUAACAUGGAGGAUUUUCUUUGCAUCUAUGUUAUCUACUGUAACAUUAAACAUAGUAGCUAGCUGUCGUAAUGGUAACUGCCUAGACUUGUCAUCACCUGGUCUUUUCAACUUUGGAAAAUUCAAUCAAACAAGUUAUGGUGGAGUGGAGAUUUUCAUGUUUAUUGUUAUGGGUGUUAUAGGAGGUUUACUAGGUGCCUUGUUCAACCAUAUUAACUAUAAAUUAUCUUUAUUUAGACUCAGAUACAUUCACUUUAAGUUUUUACGUGUUUUGGAAGCAAUGAUGGUUGCACUGAUAUCUGGGACUGUGUCAUUUAUUGUUAUACUGAGCUGGAAUGAUUGCCAGCCUAUGAGAGCUGAGCCUGCAUCUUAUCCUGUUAAGUUUUUCUGUACUGCUGGACAGUAUAGUUCUACAGCUUGGUUGUUCUUUCAAACUCCAGAAGAAGGUGUCAAACAUUUGUUCCAUGAUGCUGAAGGUACCUACAGUGUAGUGACAUUGGUGCUGUAUUGUCUGACAUUCUUCUUCCUGGCUUGUUGGACGUAUGGACUGUCUAUACCUAGUGGAUUAUUUAUACCAAGUUUACUGGUGGGUGCAGCAUGGGGACGGCUGUUUGGACAAUGUUUACAACUGAUGUUCCCUAAUGCUGAAUGGCUAGAUUCUGGAAAGUAUGCACUGAUUGGAGCUGCUGCCCAGCUAGGUGGAAUAGUUCGUAUGACAAUAAGUUUGACUGUGAUUAUUAUAGAAGCUACAGGAAAUAUAACAUUUGGUUUACCUGUAAUGGUGGUACUUAUGGUAUCCAAGUGGAUUGGUGAUCUCUUUAAUGAGGGUAUAUAUGAUAUGCACAUACAUCUUCAAGGUGUUCCACUGUUAGGCUGGGAACCACCAGUACUUUCUUCAAACAUCUCAGCCAAAGAAGUGAUGAGUCAUCCUGUAACAGUAUUAAGGAAGUGUGAGAAGGUGGGGCGUAUUGUGGACAUUCUCAAAGCUGAAUCUCAUAAUGGUUUUCCUGUAGUACAGGACUUUGAUCCAGAUAGUGUUCAAAAUCAAGAUGGUGUUCAAACAUUUGGUACAUUCCGUGGUGUGGUACUUAGGGACCAACUUAUUGUACUUCUUAAAUUAAAGAUAUUUCAAGAAUUACCAGAUAUUGACAGAAGAUUAUCAGAUUUAAAAUCUUCAGACUUCAGGGAUGCUUAUCCAAGAUUCCCACCUAUACAUAGAUUUGAUGUAUCCUCACAAGAACGAGAUUUUACAAUAGAUUUGCCCUUUAUGAACCCAGGAACAUACACAAUACAGGAUUGUUCAUCAUUGCCAAGAAUAUUCCGUCUAUUCAGAGCAUUGGGUUUGAGACAUGUAGUGGUGAUAAAUGAAAGGAAUGAGGUGAUAGGAAUGGUAACAAGAAAAGAUCUGGCUCGUUAUAAGGUGCAUGUGUCAUGCGGAAAAAUAAGAAUAAAAGAAUUAAAUGUCUCAAGAUAACCUAAUUAAUGAUAAAAACUUUUAUGUCACUGCUGAAAAUUUCAUAUUAUGAAAUUGUUUCAGUAUAUUUUGUUUGUACUGAGCUUACAUAGACUUUGAUAAUAUUCUGUUAAGCUCUUGUUGUUAAAUUUUGCUACCUGUUAGGCUGGUCAAGUAAAAAAAUGUUUUCCUUUUUACCAUACAAAUAGGCUGUUAUAGAUGGUGCUUUAAACACAAUGUAUGGAUUGGAAAAUUUGAAAUAAUACCAUAUCCGUAACUGCUCUGAAAGAAUAACUAUUUCAGACCUAGAAUAUAUUUGUUCUUCAAAAGUUACCUUUCCAUUUAAUCUCUAUAAACAAUACCUCAUUUUCCUAAAAUUUUAUAUUUUCUGAAAAGUUGUUAUUGGUGCUAGUGUUCAUUUAUGUAAGACAUUUACUCCUAUGUCAGCCAUGCUUCUUUAUUUCAAUGGUUAAAUACACAAUUAACUUCUUCAGCAAUUGUUUGUAUAGUAAUUUUGAAAUAGUUUUUUUUCAGCAACAAAAGUGCAAUGUUGUGGGUUUUUUUGGAUAAAAAUACUUAAUAUAUUAACAUUUAUUAAAAAAAGUCAAUUUGUGUUCACUUUUAUUAAACAUAAUGUUUUAAAAAAUAAUAGUGACAUGUUUUAGCUGUGUUCAUUUAUUUUUGCUAUUAUUUAUUAGAAAAACUGAUUUAUGAAUUACCGAUUACAGGCAAAACAUUGUACCAGUCUGAACAUUAUCAAACCUUGUAACCUACAUGGAUAUGAGAAAUUGGAAAUAUAAAAACUGCCAUAGCAAUAUUAAUGUCUCCUACCAAAUCUAGUAGGGUAUGUUUUAUCAAACAGAGAAAAUAUUUAAAUUUUGCUUUUACUAUAAUUAUGAAUUUAAAGUGUUUAUGUUUAAUUUAUUCUUUGUACAAUGUGUAUACAUUUUUUUUAUAAAGAUGACCCUGUUUUGUACUUGUUUGAUACAGGUGUUAACUACUUUAUUCAGAUUUAUUUAAUUUAGUUUUUAUAUUUUGAAGUGAUAGAGCAAUGAAAAUGCCUUACCUUUGCCACUAGUAUCAGCGUGGGCUAACCUUCACAUGCUGCAUGACACCAUACACUUGAAUAUUCACUGAAAUCUUCUUACAAUAACUAUUUUAUUAUAUGACCAAAUUAAAAUUCUUCAUUUGGUAAAUCUAUUUCCUUUUUCAUGCAUGCAAGUCCUAAAUAAGCGGACAGAAAGCGCAGUAGUUUUUUUUUUACAUUUUUGUCUCAUUUGUUUCAUUUAUUUAAUUCCGUUUUAAAGUAGGUAAAUGUUCAUAAGAAAACACAGAAAGAUGUUUUUAGUUUAUCAUUGUAUUUUUUUUACCCAAAAACAAAACUCUGUCUAAAUCUGUAAAUUACUAUACCAGCCUACACAUUAACUAACUUUGAAAUACAGAUCCUGGGAUUUUUCCCAACCUUUGUUGUAACAUUUGACCAUGUUGAAUAAACUAUCUUUUUCUAGUUAUAUUGGCUACUGAAUAAAUAGCGCAGUAGAUUUUGAAAUGAUUUUGUCAAGUUUCUUUCUUGAGUUAAGUUAAGAUGUCAGUAAUAAUUUAUUGAUAUAUUAAACUGAAUUACAAUGAUUUGUUUGAUUUUUUUCAUUAUUAUUUUUUUUAUCAUCUUGUGUUUUAUAAUGAAACUCACUGCAAGAAAGAGAAAUAUAUUUUUUUGUAAUGUAAUUUGAUAGUCAAACAGAUGUUGUUUCAGUUGUUUCAAAUUUCAAGUCAUCAUAUUAGGAUAUUAUCAAGCUUGUUAUAUGAUAUUACAAAUUUAAAACUUUAAACAUUUUUCUAAAUGUUCAGUGUGAGCAUUGUCUCUUUAAGCUGUAUGAGAAGUAGAUAGUUACAUUUAAAAUACACAGAAAUAAAGUUCACAUCUGCUAGUCUGAUUGUCUAUUUUACUUGGCACACAAUUUGAACACAUGAAGCCAAAUGUUAUCUAAUGAUGUAGCAUUUUAUUUUUGUUUUCUGCAAUGUACGUAGGUUCUUUUUAGUUUAAAUUUAACAUCUUUUUUUUUUUUAAUUUUCAAAGAUAAAUGUAGUCUAAUACUGGUAUAUAAUAUUCAUAGCCAUUAACAGAUAAAAAGUUAAAAGUCAUUUGAGGUAACUGUUGAAAUAGUCAAAAUGUUGAAAAAUAUAUUUUAGCUAAAUAUUGAAAAAAAAAGCAAAGUAAAUUAGGAGAAAAAAAUUGUUUCAAUAAAAUGUUGAAAACUAUUUGAGCCAAAUGUUGAAUUGGAAAAUCAUUUAAGCAAAAUAUUAAGAAGGUAUUUGAACAAAUACUGUGAAUUUAUUUAAACAAAAUGUUGGGGAAAUCAUUUGAGCAGAACAAUGGAAAAGUCAAAAUGUUGGAAAAAACAAUCAAACGAGCUAGAUUCUGCAAAUAAUUUGAGAGAAAUAUCUUUUAAAAAAAUCAAUUGAUCAUUAUGUUUGGCACAUUGGAACAAUAUAUAUUGAAAAAAUGUUUUGAGCAAAGUAUUGGAAAAUCACUCCAGCAACAAUUUAAGAAGAACGUUGAAAAUUAGUUAAGCAGAAUGUUGGAUGUGGUAGGGGCAAAUUUUAGAAAACUUUUAAAAGAAUUACAGAAAAAUGUUAAAAAUUAUUAGGACAAAAUAUGUUUUAAUAAAUCAUUUUUGCAAAAAAAAUAAAUGAAAAAUAUUUUGAGUAAAAGGCUAAAAAACAUUGUUUUUUUACAAAAGUGAAAAUGGUAGGUGCUCAAUGUUUGAAAUGAUGCCUGAAGUAAUUAAUAACAAAAGGUGUAUUCAUAUCUGUUAUACCUUUUAUAUGCAUAAAUUUAAACAUAUUUUAUUUCAAACAUUUUCACACAAACAUAUAUUACAUACUAUCAUUAGUUACAUGAUAAACAAUGUUGAAAAAUGAUUAGAUCCGAAAGCAUACAAUGCUUAUAGAGGUCUUUGUCUAACAUAAAAUUCAUUACUGUAAAUUUGGCGGUAAAUUUCAUGUUUAUGUGCAUUGUGUAAUAAAGGUAAAAAAGUUGUUAUUAUUUAAUAGUAUAUUAUUGAAACAUUGGUUAAGAACGCUGCUGUUAUUGUAUGUAAAUUUAUACCUAUUUGUGCAAUAUUCUUUUGUUAUAUUUAUUAUUUUGUAGUUUUCACUAAGUAUGUACUCCAAGUUAUACACAUUAUGAAUGUGUGACUUUAUUUGAGUUUGUUUUCAUUUAUGUUUUUACAAUACAUGUAUUAACAUUUCAAUUAGAAGUACAAGUAAUGUUAUGCAAGUUUGCAGACGUAGCACCUUUGGUAUUAAAGCUGCAUGCCUCCAGAUGAACCAAAAUAUUUAAAGAAAAUCAUACUUGAUAAAAAUUACUGAGAUUUUAAGAAAAGUAAAAAGAUUCAAGAUAAAUGUAAUAAUUUUCAUGUUAUGUGCCAUUUAUGACCAAUUUUGCAGUAUUUUCACUAUCUUUCGACUGUGUUACUAACGCAGUAAGGGGCAAAUUUUGCAUAUUUUGACUGUUUUUAGUAAUUUUUAUGGUCUGUUGAAUGUUUGCAAUUAAAAAAUUAUUUACUUUGUUAAUUUUACAAAAUAUUAAUUUUUAAUGCAUUUUCAAACUUUUCAUGAAAAUUAUCAUGAAUCUGGAGGCGUGCUGCUUUAAGAAUAUUUAUUAUUACUUUGUGGUAACCUAUGUUAAUUUAAAAUUGUCUCAGUAGACAGUGGCUUCAUUAGCAUUUUUUAGAAUUACCAUUUUUCCACAAUUAAGUCUUCUAUGUACAUUUAAAAUUUAUUGAUGAAUAUGCGUAAAUAGUUUAAGUGAUUUUGGUGUUAUGAAUGUAGCAUUCAUUAGUUCCAUUGGUCAAAUAAGAAAUGGACCUAUUGUCACAUCACUCUCCUUGAUGUUGGUACUUGGAUAGGAAGCAAAAAGACUGGUUACCCCAAAAUAAAUGUUUGAAUGGGUUGCCCCUGUUUCAUUGUAGAAAUUUUCUGUGUUGACGCAGAGCCUUGCUAAGAUCUAUUUCUAAAGAAAUAUUCAAGAUAUGCCUCCACUAUGAUAGUUGUUUCUUCUAAAAAAAAACUCUUUUAUUGAAUCAGCAGAGACCCUAGUUUUUUUUAUCUAUACUCAAAAUUUCAUGAUGAAAGGAAAAUUUAAUUUAAAAGAUGGUUCAUACAAAUUUUUGUAUUGGUCCUAUGGGAUAUCAAAGAGUUGCUAUUUGUGUAGUAAUUUAUUAUUAUUGUUGUUAUCAGGGUAAUACGAGAAAUAUUUUCAGUAUCACUGGACAAUCUACUGCAGUUAAAACCCGGCUUUAAUUGAAUUAGUCUGAUCUUUCUAGGAAAAAAAAUGAUAUUAUCUCUUUAUCAGAUAUAUCUUGGUUUAUUGUUAUGAUCAAUUUCAAUAUCCACCAUAGAAACAGGGGAGGCCUAAUGUUUUAUAUUACGAUAGUUGUUUUAUUUUUCAUACUGAAUUUUGUUUCAUUGCCUUGUUCGUUCUUUUCUGUUUAUUUAAUGAACAAUGUAUAUAUUUUGAUAUCAUUUUUGCAGCAGGAGCACAAGUUAAGUCAAGUUAUAUUGUAGAUAUCAUGCUUUAAACAUUUAAUUAGUUGAAUAAUCUCCCUCCUUUAAAGUUUUAUAUAGCACCAAAUCCUGAUUAUUAAAUAUUUUUUAUCUUUAUGUUAAGAUAUGAAAACACAUUUUACUGAAGCAGUUUAUCAUGUUGGUAAUGUAAAACAUUUAUUCCACAGAAAUUAAGAGAUGAGUUUUUAAUGGAAUAGUCCGACCUAAUCAAAAGCGAAUUUCAGAAUGAUGUUAUUUGUUUUGUUAAAUACAUGUUUGUUUACAAUUGUCAUCAUUAUCUUUAGAAAAGAUAGUGUUUGUUGUUUUUGUAAGAAAAUUGAAAAUAAACUGAUAAAUUUC